AUCUGUGACGUAUUAUGAGUGGGCGGAGCUACAGUAGGAGGAAGAUAGUUAUAAAUACGAACAGGCCCUGUCGGUUGGGGACGUAGAGAAACCAUAAUGGUCCCAACACAUCAUAGAACACGGACACUGUGUGUAAACCGAUGUGUAAUUUAAUUCUCAGCCUCAGAGAAAACCCGCACUAAUCGCCACUGACCCACAGACGAAACAGUCCUUUGGCAGAUGGAGAAACAGACCAGAGCUGCCGGGGCCGCGGACGCAGCAGGGCCGAACAGAAGGCACUGGGGCUCGUCGACCAAUGGACCAACCGCCGGUGAAACCCUGGACAGUCCAACAGGUUCCCAUGUAGAGUGGUGUAAACAGCUGAUAGCAGCCACCAUCUCGAGUCAAAUCUCAGGAUCAGUCCCAACUGACAUCAUGAACAGGGAUAACAAGCAGGAUUUACAUGAUGAAGGGCUUUGUUACCACGAUGAAAGUAAUUCUGAGCAUCCUUCCAAUGCUUCGAACCUGUCAGUACUGAGAUAUGGGGCACCAGUCGGAACAUUCCAGAACCAGGUUCCUCUGCUGCCAGGAGAAACCAUCCGCACUACAGUCAAGGAUGUGAUGUAUAUCUGUCCAUUCAGCGGUCUGGUUAGUGGGACCCUGACCAUCACGGACUACAAAUUCUACUUCAUCAGUGUUGAAAGGGAUUCUCCGUUCAUUCUUGACGUUAACCUUGGUGCUAUCAGCAGACUGGAGACUAUCAGUGUUCCCAACCAGGGAGAGAACACCAAAGGACUUGAACUGGUCUGCAAGGACAUGAGGAGUCCCAGGUUUGCCUAUAAGACAGAGGAGAGCCAUCCAGAUGUGAUUGAGGCACUGGCUAAACAUACCUUCCCCCUCUCCCACACCUUGCCUCUUUUCGCUUUUCUUUACAAGGAGCAGUUUCCUGUUGAUGGCUGGAAGGUGUACGACGCAGCAGCCGAGUACAGGCGUCAGGGUCUCCCAAAUGAGAGCUGGACCAUCAGUAAGAUUAACAGCAACCAUGAACUGUGUGACACCUACCCCUCCAUCCUGGUCAUCCCUACCAACAUCACAGAUGAAGACAUCAAACGUGUUGCUUUGUUCAGAGCUAAGCACCGCAUACCGGUCUUGUCCUGGAUCCACCCAGAGUCUCAGGCCACCAUUGUACGAUGCAGUCAGCCCUUAGUUGGACCUUCAGAUCGUCGCUGUAAAGAGGAUGAAGGCUUCUUCCAAAUCAUCAUGGAUGCAAACGCCCAGUCCCAUAAACUCACCAUCUUUGAUGCCCGGCAGGGUAGUGUGGCAGUCACUAACAAGGUUAAGGCAAAGGAUGGAGGUUAUGAGAGUGAAAGUUUCUAUCCAAACGUGGAGCUGAACUUUCUGGAAAUCCCCAACAUCCAUGUUAUGAGAGAGUCACUGAGAAAGAUGAAGGACGUGGUUUAUCCCACCAUAGAUGAAGCUCACUGGCAUUCUGCUAUUGACCAGACACACUGGUUGGAAUACAUACGGCUUUUAUUAGCGGGAGCAGCAAAGAUAGCUGAUAAGCUGGAAUCUGGGAAGACAUCGGUAGUGGUACACUGCAGUGAUGGCUGGGACAGAACUGCUCAGCUCACCUCUCUGGCCAUGCUGAUGCUGGACAGCUACUACCGCACAAUCAGAGGAUUCCAGGUUCUGGUGGAGAAGGAGUGGAUUAGUUUUGGACACAAGUUUGCCGCACGUGUGGGUCAUGGCGAUGAGAACCAUGCUAACUCUGAGCGCUCUCCCCUUUUCAUCCAGUUCAUCGACUGUGUUUGGCAGAUGACUCGACAGUUCUCAGCAGCGUUUGAGUUCAAUGAGCUGUUCCUGAUCACAGUGCUGGACCACCUCUACAGCUGUCUUUUUGGUACAUUCCUUUAUAACAGUGAAGAGGAGAGGGCAGCCAAGGAGGUGCAGACCAAGACUGUGUCCUUGUGGUCCUACAUUAACAGCCAGCCAGAGGACUUCACCAACCCCUUCUAUGUGGAUUAUGAGCACCAUGUUCUGUAUCCACUUGUUUCCUCUAGACACCUAGAGCUGUGGACCAGCUACUAUGCUCGCUGGAACCCGCGCAUGAGACCACAGGUGCCAGUACACCAAACUCUGAAGGAGCUGCUGUUUCUGAGAUCAGAGUUGCAGAGAAGGGUGGAAAUGCUGCAAAGAGAGACAUCCUCCCACUCCCUGUCCUCCUCCGAGCACCCCUCCUCCCCCACUCAUACCACGGGAACACCACUGCAUACUGCUGUCUGACACACACAUACAUACACAGGGGUUGGUCCCCCUGCUUUUUGUGACCUGGAUUUUUCUGUAUAACACACCAGCUUGCCUGCCAAAUUACCUUUAAAACACCGGUGUUGGAGUGGAAUCAGUUGAAUGUUUGAUCCUCACCUGAUUCAGGGUGCUGUGUAUGAGAUUUCAGAAAAGGCUGUCCUCUCUUUUACUAUUAUGGGUAUUGUUUGACAGUUCAAGUUGGUUUAAAGGCGUUGCAGAGGUCCAUUGCUACUAGCCUUUCUGAACAGAUGUCAUUAAUGUAAUUAUUUCCGUGUCUAUUUGUAAAACUGUGCCAACGAUCUUCUUCUUCUUCUUCUUCUUCUUCUUGAACUAGAUCAUUAAAAUUGGGUCUGUCUC